AUGAUGGUAGAAGGUGGGGGGGGGGGGGGGGGGGGGGGGGGGGGGGGGGGGGGGGGGGGGGGGGGGGGGGGGGGGGUGGGGGGGGGGGGGGGGGUGGGGGGGGGGGGGGGGGGGGGGGGGGGGGGGGGGGGGUGGGGGGGGGGGGGGGGGGGGGGGGGGGGGGGGGGGGGGGGGGGGGGGGGGGGGGGGGGGGGGGGGGGGGGGGGGGGGGGGGGGGGGGGGGGGGGGGGGUGGGGGGGGGGGGGGGGGGGGGGGGGGGGGGGGGGGGGGGGGGGGGGGGGGGGGGGGGGGGGGGGGGGGGGGGGGGGGGGGGGGGGGGGGGGGGGGGGGGGGGGGGGGGGGGGGGGGGGGGGGGGGGGGGGGGGGGGGGGGGGGGGGGGGGGGGGGGGGGGGGGGGGGGGGGGGGGGGGGGGGGGGGGGGGGGGGGGGGGGGGGGGGGGGGGGGGGGGGGGGGGGGGGGGGGGGGGGGGGGGGGGGGGGGGGGGGGGGGGGGGGGGGGGGGGGGGGGGGGGGGGGGGGGGGGGGGGGGGGGGGGGGGGGGGGGGGGGGGGGGGGGGGGGGGGGGGGGGGGGGGGGGGGGGGGGGGGGGGGGGGGGGGGGGGGGGGGGGGGGGGGGGGGGGGGGGGGGGGGGGGGGGGGGGGGGGGGGGGGGGGGGGGGGGGGGGGGGGGGGGGGGGGGGGGGGGGGGGUGGGGUUGGGGGUGGGGUGGGGGGUGGGUGGUGGGGGGGUGGUGGGGGGUGUGGGGGGGUGGGGGGGGGUGGGGUGGUGUGUGGGGGUGUGGUGGGGGGGGGGGGGUGGUUGGGGUGGGUGGUGGGGGUGGGGGGGGGGGGUGUGGGUGGUGGGGGUGGGGGUGGUGGGGUGUGGGGGGGGUGGUGGGUGGGGGUGGUGGGGGUGGUGGGUGUGGGGGGUGGGGGGGUGGGGGGUGGGGGGGGGUGGGGUGGGGGGGUGGGGGUGGGGGGUGUUGGGUGGGGGUGUGGGGGGUGGGGGUGGGUGGGGGGGUGGGGGUGGUGUGGGUGGGGGGGGUGGGGGUGGGGGGGUGGGGUGGGGGGUGGUGGGGGGUGGGGGGGGUGGGUGUGGGGGUGGGUGUGGGUGGGGGGGGGUGGGUGUGGGGGGGUGGGGGUGUGGGGGGGGGUGGGUGGGGGGGGUGGGGGGUGGGGGUGUGGGUGGGGGGGGGGGUGGUGGGGGGGGUGUGGGUGUGGGGGGGGGUGGGGGGUGGGGGGGGUUGGGGGUGGGUGGGGGUGGUGGGGGGUGGGGGUGGGGUGGGGGGUGGGGGGUGGGGGGGGUGGGGUGGGGUGGUGUGGGUGUGGGGUGUGGGGUUGGGGGGUGGGGGGUGGUGGUUGGGGGGGGAGUGGUUGGGGUGGGGUGGGGGGGUGGGGGAUUUGUGGUGUGGUGGGGUGGUGGGGGGGGGUGGGGGUGUUUGGUGGGGGGGGUGGGGUGUGUUGGGUGGAGGGUUGGUGGGGUGGGGGGGGGUGUGGGGGUGUGGAGUGGGGGGGGGGGUUUGGUGGUGGGGUUGUGGGUGGGGGGGUGUUGGUGGGUGGGUGGGGGUUGGGUGGGUGGAGUGGUGGGUGGGUUGGUGGGGGUGGGUUUGGUUGGGGUUGUAGUGGGUGGGGUAUGGGUUGGGUUGUGGGUGGGGGGGUGUUGGGGGGGGUGGGGGGUGUGGUGGGGGUGGUUGGGGGGGGGGGGGGGGGGGGGGGGGGGGGGGGGGGGGUGGGGGGGUGGGGUGUGUGGGGGGUGGGUAGGGGGGGGGGGGGGGGGGGGGGGGGGGUGUAUGGUUAG